UCUUCUAUUACUGAAAAGAGUAGGUUACCUCCUGUUUUGGCUGGCAUAUCGUAUACGCUAAACAAUUGGUUUAAAUCUUGUUUGGGAUUCCUGGUUGCUUGUUUUAGCAUGGCGGAGGCUGGAGUUCACAGAAUCCUUCUCUUCGUUAUUUCUGUGACAAAAUGUCUGGUGGCUACAAAACUGCUGGCAGACCUUAAAAAAUGUGGUGACUUGGAAUGUGAAACUUUAAUAAGCAGAGUCUCAUCCAUGAAAGAUUACAGAGGACCUGACUGUCGAUACCUGAACUUCUCUAAGGGAGAAGAGAUAUCUGUUUAUGUUAAACUUGCAGGAGAAAGGGAAGAUUUGUGGGCAGGAAGUAAAGGUAAGGAUUUUGGAUAUUUUCCCAGAGAUGCAGUCCAAAUUGAAGAGGUGUUCAUAACUGAGGAAAUCCAAAUAUCAGCUACAGAAUCUGACUUUCUUUGUCUUGGAGUAAGCUACACAUUUGAAAAUGAAGAUAGUGAGUUAAACAGUAAUAAUGGUGAACAUAUAUAUUCAUAUGAAGAAGAUAAAGACCAAAAAUCUAGUAUAUAUGAAAAUGAUUUUCAAAUAGAACAUGGACUUUAUGCAACUUCUGAAAGCACCUUGUUUGAAGACCAAUUUCCAUCAUCAGAGGUUUUCAAAGAUGUCAGAAUUACUAGUGAAUCAAAGGACUGGGAAGAAAUAGAAGCUGGAGGUGUGGAACAGGAUCAUAUUCCAGAAGUGGAUCAUGUCUCACCAUCCUCAGCUGUGCCUGAAGUAAGAGGAUGGUUUGGAUUGGGAGGAGAACAAGUUGAAGCGAGGGCUUUUGAAUUAGUUAUAGAACCUGUACAAGAAAGCUCAUUGCAAAGUAGAAAAAUAGCAGUGGAAGAUGAGAAUGACCUAAAGGAAUUAAAUAAUGGUGAGCCCCAAACAGAACAUAAGCAAGAACCUGAAUCACAAUUUGAUUUAGUACCAGAGAAACAGUCUGAAGCAUCUAAGUCAGAGCAUCUUCUCCAACCUCAAGCCAGUGGUUGGUUUGGUGGUGGAUUUACAAGUUAUUUAGGUUUUGGAGAUAAGGAUACAGGGCAUGAAUUAUUGUUCAAAGAAAAUGAUACACCCCUACAAGAUGUUCCCAAUUCCGUAUCACCUGAUGAAGAAGCCACAGAAAUAUUAACAGAAAAAGAAGAUAUAAUCACUAAUGAUAGCUCAGUUCUCAAGCUGAGUUGGUUUGAUUUUGGUUUUGGUAUGUUAGGCUUUGCAUAUGUCAAUGAAGAUAAAAUUAUAUCAGAUGAUGGAAAAACUGAAGAUGGUGGGGGAGAUAAACAUAAACAUCCUUCAGUGGGUGCAUUUGACCCUGAUAAGAAACAAGAAAUAAAAAUGAUGAAAAUUACAGAAACAGAACAUCAAAUAGAUAAGAAAAGAGUCUUAAAGAAAACACAUUAUUCUGAGACUUUAGCAUAUUUCAAAAAGUUCUUGCAUAAAUUUGACAACCCUUGGAGCUUCCAGAACAUUCCAAAGGAAGCAGAAUUGCCAUUUCCCAAACAGAUAUUGGAUCAAAAUAAUGUAGUUGAAAAUGACGAAACAGAAGAAUUUUCAGUUGAAAAUUAUCCCACAGAUAAUAUGAAAGUUAUGAGUUUGAAAAGCAGACAUAGUCAGUCGGGUAUGGUCUCUAAAAUAGAGUUACCUAUGAAAAUUCAUGGAGAAGUACAUUUCAAAACACUAUCUUCUGAAAGCAAUGAUGAAAAAUCAAAUUCAUCAGUAGACACAGAAGGGCCUCCUCAGAUGAAAACAGACAGAUCUACGGAAAAUACCCUGCUAACCAUUCCUCAAAAAGAAGCUGCUUCCGAGUUUCAGAUUCUGAAAUAUUUAUUUCAAAUUGAUGUUUAUGAUUUCAUGAAUUCUGUUUUUUCGCCAAUUGUAAUUCUUACGGGAAGGGUAAGUUGGCCUUUUAAAUCUUUUACAAUAAUUUUACCUAUUUUACUAAAUACAGGAGUGGCUGCAAAAUUUGUUUGA